AUGAUUCAAAGGCAGGUGACACUGACCCAGAACUUGUACCAGAACAGGUUUCUCGGACUCAGACUUGCAGCCAUGGCCUCCCCGUGUCGUUCAUCCCAGAACCGUCGGCGCUGUAAGGACCCCAUCCGCCACAGCUACAACCCCGAGCAAUUCCGCAACGUUAAUUUCCAGAAUGGGGUGCCGGAGGAUGUGGCGGCCAUGUACCGCUCCACCAGCGACACGGACCUGGUGACAUCACACAGCCGCUCCACGCUUACCGUCAGCACCUCGCUCUACGCCAUUGGACAGACCCAGGACAUCCUCAUCUGCUGGGACAUCAAGGAGGAGGUGGACGCUGGGGACUGGAUCGGCAUGUACCUCAUUGAAGAGGUGUCGUCUGAGAACUUUCUAGACUACAAGAGCCGCGGAGUGAAUGGUUCCCACAAGGGCCAGAUAGUGUGGAAGAUUGAGGGCAACUCCUAUUUUGUGGAGCCGGAGACCAAGAUCUGCUUUAAAUACUACCAUGGUGUGAGCGGGGCCCUGCGAGCCACUUCCCCCAGUUUGACUGUGAAGAACCCCUCAGUUCCGGUAUUUAAGCCCGUCACCAAUGAAGAAGUCCCCCAGAGCACAGGCAGUAGAAGACUCAUCAGCUUCUCCCUCUCAGAUUUCCAUGCCACAGGGCUGAAGAAGGGGAUGUUCUUCAACCCUGACCCCUACCUUAAGAUCGCCAUCCACCCCGGCAGGAACAGCAUCUUCCCGGCACUGCCACACCACGGCCAGGAGAAACGCUCAGGCAUCGUCUGUAACACCAUCAACCCCCACUGGCAGAGAGAGCGCUUCAACUUUGUGUCUCUGCCCACGGACGUUCUGGAGAUCGAGGUAAAAGACAAGUUUGCCAAGAGCCGUCCUAUCAUCAAACGUUUCCUGGGCAAGCAGUCCAUGCCAGUGCAGAGGCUACUGGAGAAGCAUGCUAUUGGUGACCGUGUGGUCAGCUACACGCUGGGCCGAAGGGUGCCGACAGAACAUGUCAGUGGACAGCUGCAGUUCAGAUUUGAGAUCACGUCCUCUAUUCAUCCAGAUGAUGAAGACAUGUCUCUCAGCACAGAGCCUGAGUGUGCCGCUGUGCAGGAGACCAGUAACCAGGGGGAGGGCCAGUCUUCCCAGGCCCAGGGCCAGGACGAGGACACCAUGAGCCUGGGUCCGGGGGCUCCCGAACUCCCCAUGGAUGAGGAGGAAGACGCUGGAGCUCCAGAACUUCCAAUUGGAGGAGAUACAGUUACAGACACGCCCAUGGAGGGGCAUCCAUCAGGGCCUUUGGGUUCAGAGCAGCCCAUGGAUGGAGAUGGAGACUCAGGGCCUUGCUGUUCCAGAGCCAAGGCCCUAAAAACAGAACCAAGCCAACCAGAGGUCAAUGGGGCUCAGGAGGAGGUGGCUGUGGCUGUAGCUGCGGCUGCAGAGAAGCUGCCCAAGGUAGAGGAUAACAGUGAGGAAGGGGGGCAGCAAACCCCCUCCAGUCCUCAGCUUGCUGACCCAGAGCAGGGGGUGGACAGUACCCCAGCAGAGGGUCAGGUCAUACCUGCUGUAUUGGAAGACAUGGAGAGUGGAGCGCCUGGGGAACCAGCAGAACAGGUGGUGGGUCAGGAGGAAGGAGACGAGGAAUGCUGCUCCCUGCGCAUCAGGACCACCCCUAGGCGUAAGAACCGGCCCUGCUCCCUGCCCGUGUCGGAGCUGGAGACAGUCAUCGCCUCGGCCUGUGGGGAGCCUGAGACCCCUCGCUCCCACUACAUCCGCAUCCACCACCUCCUCCACAGUCUGCCCUCCUCCCAGCCAGGCACCCAGGAGGACGGGGAGGGAGAGGGGGCUGAGGCUGAAACAGAGCCCGAUCCAGACCCAGGCCCUGACCAGCUCAGCCCCAGGGUCCAGGAUGGCUCAGAAGAGGAUGAAAAGGCAGAACCCCUGACCCCAGGGCCCAGGAGGACCCUGCCUCGCAGCCUGUCCAUCGAGCGUCUGUCCGACCUGGCCCUGCUACUGGACAGCGAGGGCCGCCACCCCCAGGGCCAGGUCAGGGGUCACCAGAGAGUGUCUGACGACGACAUGGAGCCCUGCUGCAGUGAUUCCUGCUAUGAAGGCCGAGGAGGCAGUCACAACCAGGCACCUCUAGUGGCUGCAGCCAGGAUGUCUGUGGAGAGCAGUGAUUUUCCCUCCCAGGAGGAUGAGGACAUGGAGGUGAAUGGAGCGGAGAGCAGGGAGCCAGGAGAUGGGAUGCCCCAGUGGCAGGUGGAUCCGUCCACGCAGGUCCAGAGCCCCCAGAGCUUCAUAGAAAACGGAGAGUCACCCGUGGCCGGGCCCAGUGGAAAGAUAGGACGUGAGUUGGAUUGUCCCUUACCGUCCAGUCAUCCUCCAAUCAGCCAGCUUCCUGCUCUGCGUCAUGAUCCUCAUCAUUACCCCACUAUAGAUGAACCACUACCCCCAAACUGGGAGGCGCGUGUGGACAGCCACGGUCGUGUGUUCUACGUGGACCACAUCAACAGGACCACCACGUGGCAGAGACCCACCUCAGCAGCCACGCCCGACGGCAUGAGGAGGUCCGGAUCCGUUCAGCAGAUGGAACAGCUCAAUAGAAGGUACCAGAGCAUCCAGAGGACCAUGGCCACAGACAGGAGUGAGAAUGAAGGAAGCAGAAGCAGGAGUGAGAGAACAAGCCUCAACAACAACAGCAGUGAGACAGACUCUCCUUCGAUGGCUAAUGACAGCUCCUCUUCCUCCGCCUCCUCGUCAUCAUCUCCAGUCAACAGUCAGAAGAUCACAGCUCUGUUACAGAGCCCAGCGGUGAAGUUCAUCACACACCCAGAGUUUUUCACUGUCCUCCAUGCCAACUAUGGGGCCUACCGCAUGUUCACCAGCAGCACGUGCCUGAAGCACAUGAUCCUGAAGAUUCGUAGAGACGCUCGUAACCUUGAGAGGUACCAGCACAACAGAGACCUGGUCACCUUCCUCAACCGCUUCUCUGACGCCCAGCUGGAACUGCCCCGGGGCUGGGAGAUCAAGACUGACCCUCAGGGCAAGAACUUCUUUGUGGACCACAACAGCCGAGCGACCACAUUCAUCGACCCGAGAAUCCCUCUUCAGAACGGUUGUCUGCCCAACCACCUGACCCACAGGCAGCACCUGCAGCGAUUACGCAGCUACAGUGCUGGAGAGGCCUCGGAGGUGUCCCGUAGUCGAGGUGCGGCCUUGUUGUCACGGCCUGGGAACAGUGUGGUGGCCGCGAUGCGGAGCCAGCAUCAUCCUGAUCCAGUGCCACAAGCUUAUAAUGAGAAGAUAGUGGCCUUCCUCCGUCAGCCUGGAAUACUAGAAGUUCUAACAGAGCGCCAGCCAGCCCUGUCCAGGAACCAUUCCCUGAGGGAAAAGAUCCACUACAUCAGAACAGAGGGCACCCAAAGACUGGAGAAACUAGCAUGUGAUGCAGACCUGGUGAUACUGUUGAGCUUGUUUGAAGAGGAGAUCAUGUCCUAUGUUCCUCCCUCCUUCCAUCCUGGCUUCAGCUUCUCUCCACGUUGUUCACCAGGGUCUUCACCGCAGAACUCUCCAGGAAUGUCGAGAGCAAGAGCGCCUGCCCCGUACCGGAGAGACUUUGAGGCCAAACUACGCAACUUCUACAGGAAACUGGAGGCUAAAGGCUAUGGCCAGGGCCCAGGAAAGAUCAAGCUUAUCGUCCGGAGAGACCACCUGUUGGAGGGUACCUUUAACCAGGUCAUGGCCUACUCACGCAAGGAACUACAGAGGAAUAAGCUCUACAUCACCUUCAUAGGAGAGGAGGGGCUGGACUACAGUGGGCCAUCCAGAGAGUUCUUCUUCCUGCUGUCUCAGGAGCUGUUCAACCCCUACUAUGGCCUGUUUGAGUACUCAGCCAACGACACAUACACCGUCCAGAUCAGCCCCAUGUCUGCCUUCGUAGAGAACCAUCUGGAAUGGUUCCGGUUUAGUGGGCGUAUUUUGGGACUGGUGUUGAUCCACCAGUAUCUCCUGGAUGCCUUCUUCACACGGCCCUUCUACAAGGCUCUCCUCAGACUAGCCACUGACCUGAGUGAUCUGGAAUACCUAGAUGAGGAGUUCCAUCAGAGUCUACAGUGGAUGAAAGACAAUGACAUCACAGACAUGCUGGACCUUACCUUCACUGUGAAUGAGGAAGUCUUCGGACAGGUAACAGAGAGAGAGCUGAAGUCUGGAGGGGCUAACAUUAAUGUGACAGAGAAGAAUAAGAAGGAGUACAUUGACCGCAUGGUGAAAUGGAGGGUGGAGAGAGGAGUGGUCAAGCAGACAGAGGCACUGGUCAGGGGCUUCUAUGAGGUGGUGGAUUCCCGGCUGGUGUCAGUGUUCGAUGCCAGAGAGUUGGAGCUGGUCAUCGCUGGGACAGCUGAGAUAGACCUCAAUGACUGGAGGAACAACACAGAGUAUAGAGGAGGCUACCAUGACAGCCACAUAGUGAUCCGGUGGUUCUGGGGGGCCGUGGAGCGCUUCAACAAUGAGCAGAGGCUGCGUCUGCUGCAGUUUGUGACUGGCACCUCCAGUGUUCCCUACGAGGGCUUCACUGCGCUACGGGGCAGUAACGGCCUGCGACGCUUCUGUAUCGAGAAGUGGGGCAAGAUCACCGCUCUUCCAAGGGCACACACAUGCUUCAACCGGCUGGAUCUCCCUCCAUACCCCUCCUACACCAUGCUCUAUGAGAAACUGCUGAUCGCUGUGGAGGAGACCAGCACUUUUGGCCUUGAGUGA